GGGCACCGCGGGGACCCAGGUUCCCCACUUCUGCUUUUCUGGUUUCUUAGGUUGACGUGGCCUCUCUCAGGCCCUCCCCGCACCUGCCUCCGUCUCUGUCUUCGGAGCCUAUGCCCGUUGCCGACCGAAGGCGGCUUCGGGUUUGUUCCGCAGUAGUUUCCUUGAGAGGAAGGAUCCAGAGGAAUGAGACAGUCCUGUGUUCUGACUCUAAAACCCCGCUGGUCUCCAGCCUCCCAGAAGACCGGCUGCGGCAGGUGGUGGGGCAACUGGACCCACAGCGUCUCUGGAACAUUUAUCUGCGCCCCCUGCUGGUUGUGCGGAAUCCGGGCAGCCCUGGCAAUCUGCAAGUGCGAAAGUUCCUGGAGGCCACCAUGCGGACCCUGACAGCAGGCUGGCAUGUGGAGCUGGACCCCUUCACAGCCUCGACACCCCUGGGGCCACUGAACUUUGGUAAUGUGGUGGCCACACUGGACCCAAGGGCUGCCAGUCACCUCACCCUUGCCUGCCAUUACGACUCCAAGCUCUUCCCAUCUGGGUCAGCGCCCUUUGUGGGGGCCACGGAUUCAGCUGUGCCUUGUGCCCUGCUACUAGAGCUGGCCCAGGCCCUCGACUUGGAGCUGAGCAAAGCCAAGGAACAGGCAGCCCCCGUGACCCUGCAGCUUCUCUUCCUGGACGGUGAAGAGGCACUAAAGGAGUGGGGACCCAAGGACUCCCUGUAUGGCUCCCGGCAUCUGGCCCGGCUCAUGGAGUCUUUGCCCCACAGUCCUGGCCCCACCAGGAUCCAGGCUAUCGAGCUCUUUAUGCUUCUUGAUCUUCUGGGGGCCCCCAAUCCGACCUUCUACAGUCACUUCCCUCGCACAGCCCGCUGGUUCCAUCGUCUGAGGAGUAUCGAGAAGCGCCUGCACCGUCUAAAGCUGCUACAGUCUCAUCCCCAGGAAGUGAUGUACUUCCAGCCAGGGGAACCCAUCAGCUCCGUGGAAGACGACCACAUCCCCUUCCUCCGCAGAGGGGUCCCGGUGCUCCACCUCAUCGCCACGCCCUUCCCUGUCGUCUGGCACACACCGGAGGACUCGGAGGCCAACCUCCACCCACCCACGGUACACAACCUGAGCCGCAUCCUCGCUGUGUUCCUGGCUGAGUAUCUGGGCCUCUAGUCUGUCCCACGGACUCUCAGAGAGGCGCACCUGGCAGAGAUCAAAGAGGCGGGGUGAAACAUUGAAUUUCUUCACGGUACGUUGUGAAUUGUCAAGGUUAAGACAAAAGGCGGUCUUCCCCCAAAGUAUGUCACCAUGGGGAAAGCACUCAGAGAAGCAAGGUACCUCAGAAGGUACCUUGACAGUUUGAGUGCGUUGGUGUUCAGAAUGGGCAAGUCAGACCUAGAUUCUCUGCAAAUUAUUUACACCAAACCAUUCUUUGUCUUUCAGCCAUGAGAACAAGAGUGCAAUGGUGGGUGUAACUGCUAGUAUUUCCCAGCCCUCCUUCAUUUUCAGACUCAACUGGGCUGCUUAUUUAAAAAAUGCAGACUGCCAGGCCUCAUCCAGACGCAUUGAAUCACAAGGAUGAGCACAGGUUGGGGCACGCUGUCCUUAUGGAUAGGGUUUGGUGCAUUCAUAGCUGCUUAGGAAACUUACUCCAUAGAAUGGGGGGUGGUAUAAAAAAAACAGGGGUCCUACCUGUGCUCUGUGCCUGCUGGUUGUGUGACUGAUGGAGACUUGGUUGGCAGCAGGAUGCCAGGCCAGGCUGCAGGGUUAUUAAGUAGUGAGAGUGAACAUUAACCUUCUAGCACCAUCCCUAGCGCCAACUCAAAGCUGAAGCCUCAGGAGGCUCAUGGGCCGAGACUCAGGGUAUCAGAUGAGUAUCAGUUGGAAAAGGUCCUUGGUUCACCUGCCACAGCUGUAGAAUGUGUCAGGAACUACUCUGCACACACUCACUCACUUAGGCCCCGCCCUGCCCCCACCCUCUCUACUAUCCCCAGAUCCUGAGCUAGGUCCAGUUUGGUUACACUUUGUGACUGAGAAUUAUGAAGUAGUUGUUUACAGCGCCCAGAUUCUCUCCUACAGCUGGGCUACCACCUUACCUCUCUCCAAAAAUCAGCUGUGCUGGACCAACAAGUUGUUGACCAAAAGCAGCCCCUUCUGAGACUGGCUGCAAGCAAGAGGGAGGUUGAGGCAGGGGGAUGAAUGGCCUCUUAGAGGUGAGGCUGACAGAAGUCCAGACAUCAGAAAGGGAGGUUGACAGGGAUCACCCACAGGGACACAGGGUCAAGCACUCAAGUGCACGCUCUGCCCUGGGCUCCCAGAAAUAGUGAAACCACCAUCUCUGGGAGAGGGAAGGCUCCGUGUUCAGCUCCACACCCAGCCCUUAUGCCUCCCCGCAGGACACGCUGGUUGAAUGCACCGGGCAGGGGCCGAUGCCUAUCUCCACUUGGGACGAGGAUUGUUCAUUCCAUUUUACAGAUGAGGCUGUGGUGCUGGGCAGUGUUUUCCUCAACUCCCCAAACUUGCCCCCGCUCCCCACCCCCCCAGCUCUGCAUGAUGGUGUAUUUGAUGAGCAAUGUCAAGCAAUCUCAAUGUGAUGUCUCGCACAUCAGUUUUCUGGGGGGGCUGUCAGUAUUCUCAUUGUUCAGGGGAAACUGAGCUUUAGAGAAACCACUUGCCCAAUUUCCCGCAGCCGGACACCUUCAGUGCAAUGUGGUAGGUGUACAGUUCUUUGAAUUUCCUGACUCGUUGGGCUUAGUGGUAUCAUUUUACCAGUGUGGAACUCACAACCAUCGUGUGUUUAAAUAUUACCUCUGCAGCUUUCUCUUCUGAUUCUAGAAUUCCAAUUGUCUCAGACUUUCUCCAUCUUCCAUAACCUUUUAUGUAUUUUUUUGCGAGGGGAUUUCUGUACUAUUUUUCAGACCUACUUUAUACUUCAAUAAAUCUUCAUUUAUGUCUGACUUGCUGCUUAGGCCAGCCAUGGCGUUUUCACUUCCGGUUACGGUGUGUGUGUGUUCUUUCAUCUCCGCUAGGCCAUCAUUUAGCCCUGGCUUCCCUGCAGGUAUUUCCAAGCUCUUGUAUUAACAUCUAUGACUGGUGGUCUUACCAUCUGAAGCCUUCACUGGGGUCUGGCUCAGGCGGCUUUAUUUCCAUCUGUCUGGGUGCUGCUUAUGGUCAUUAUCUGAAAAAUUGUGGAAGAUGCUAAGUGUCAGCUCUUCCCGACACAUUUGAUGUCUGUUUCUGCCCGAGAGCCCAGCUAGCAGUGCACAGGCGAUACAAACCCGGCUGCAGGCCUGAGGCAAGGGCCAGCCUGGGACCCCAAAUUCUCAGGGCCCACUUUCAUCCUUCCCUUUGGCCUGGGGCUCCCCUCGGGCAGGGGGAGAACAGCAUAACACCCUGAAGCAGGGGAAGUACAGCGGAAGCUCCCUGAAAAGACAGAAGCUUAUCAAAAGAUAACGACCACCAGGAACCACUACAAGAAUGCUAAAUAACCUUAUCCCUUAUUGUCUUUCUAAACUUCCUUCUUUCUUCUAUAAAAGUCAUUGCUUGUUACGUAGAUCACCUCCCUGAUGGUGAUAGACUGAGCCCAUGAGCAAGCUGAUUUCAUUGAUAUUCAUUGUCCCUGUGCUUUUGGAAAACAUAUAUAUAUUGGUCACAAACUCAAAGAAAAUUACACUCAGAUUUUCACUCUUGAAGUGUGUCUGUUUGUCAUUUCUUUC